CGCGGCUGCGUGGACGCGCAAUGUGUGUGGGACAUUGAGUUUACUGACUGACGUAGAGAACAGGUCCGUACUUCAGCCGGUUAUGCUGUUAUCACACUCCAAAUUGUUUCUCUCCAUCCAGUAACUUAUAAUGACAAGAUGAUUUUGCCUUCAGGCCUGUCAUGGUGUUCACAGAAAAUUCCAUAGACAAAGAUGAUGAUUUGACUUUAAUAUCAUGCCACAAUAGAUCUAAUAAGGGUCUUAGGGUUAGCCAAGAGAGAAGGAGACAAGGUUGAGGUUUCAUGGUACAUAUAUGCUAGUUAAAAACCAUGUAUAGUAGUGCACAGUCAGUUGGCCAUGCUGAGGCUAGUCCAGUGCAUUCCCCCAAUCUCCAUUCUUCUCCUAGAAUCAGUCACAGACGGGUAAAUGCUGGCAGAAGAGGAAGCGAGUGUGAGGGUGGCAGAAAGACUCUUUCUAUGGAGAAUAUCCAGUCCCUCAAUGCUGCCUAUGCAGCCUCUGGCCCUGUCUAUGUGAGUGACCAUGAGGCUCUAGCCUCCACUGCUUACCCAAAAGGCACCAUGACAUUGGGCCGCAGCACAAGCCGUGGAAAAUCUGCCAUAAUGGGCAGUACCCCCAACAUCAGCUCUUCCUUGGGGCAUCUUCAUUUAGAUUCAGUAGCAUAUGGAGAUCAUGGAGCCGUGUACCUCCUACCACAACACCAAUGGCCUUCUUCACCACUGUUGAGACAAGCUGUACGAAGUAUGGCCAGAAGAGAAGGAAAUCCCCUGAUAGAGCACCUAAAGGAAUUGCAAAUGGAUAACACCCUGUUACGGAGAGAGCUAGAUGUGAGAGACAGCAGUCUUGGCUCCUCAGUCAACAGUUUAAAAACCUUUUGGAGUCCUGAAUUAAAGAAGAAACGAGGGGUGAGAAAAGACAGUGCUGCAAAGACCUCCACAGUGAAGGAGAAGAUGAAUGUUAUGAAAGACAAAAACCAGAUGGCCAUCCAGGCUUUACAGGAUGAGCUUUGCACUCAGAGAGACUUGAAUGAGGUCCUGCAGCAAGAGAACAGUGCAAGCUCAUUAGGUUCACCUCCUGACUGUUUCCCUUACCUGGAACCCACUCAAGACAACUUCCAUUUUCUCCAGGCUGAGAAUGAACAGCAAACCAAGGAGCUUUUCCUUCUUAGGAAAACUCUGGAAGAAAUGGAGCAGCGCAUGAAAAAACAGAAGCAGACACUGAGUACCCGGGACGAAUCUAUCAAAAAGUUGCUGGAGAUGUUUCAAGAAAAAGUUCCUACCAGGUCUGGGCUGCCCGAUGAAGAAAGACUGAGAGUCUGCCAUUCUGAGGACAGGCUGGGUCAUCUGGGGGACAUCCUAGAGCUGAAAGAGAAGGAAAAUAAACAUGUAAGAGAGGACACCAAAAUUUCUUCACUGGAGCGAAACAUCCGUGAACUGGAAGAUGAGAUCCAGAUGCUGAAGACCAACAGUUUCCUGAACACAGACAACAAAGAUGAGAGGCUCAAGCAGAGUGAUGUUUACAAGAACCACUCCAAGUUCAUGAAGAGCAAGAUUGAUCAGCUGAAGCAGGACUUAUCAAAAAAGGAGUCAGAGAUGUUGGCCCUGCAGACUCAACUGGAGACUUUGACCAAUCAAAAUUCAGACUGUAAGCAGCACAUUGAGGUUUUGAAGGAGACCAUUACAGCAAAAGAGCAAAGAGCAACAAUCAUGCAGACAGAGGUUGAUGCCCUAAGGCUGCGCCUGGAGGAAAAAGAGUCCUUCCUGAAUAAAAAGAGCAAGCAGCUUCAGGAUGUAACAGAUGAGAAAAGCAUAUUAACUGGAGAAAUACGUGACCUGAAGGACAUGCUGGAGGUGAAAGAGCGCAAGAUCAUUGUGGUGCAGAAGAAGAUUGAAAACCUACAAGACCAGUUGAAGGAUAAGGAUAAGCAGUUGGCCUGUUUGAGGGACAGAGUGAAGUCUCUACAGACAGACUCCAGCAACACAGACACAGCCCUUGCCACACUUGAGGAAGCCCUCUCUGUAAAGGAGCGAGUGAUAGAGGAGCUCAGGGAGAAGAGAGAAGACUGGGAAAUGCAGGGGGAAAUGGAAGUCUGUAAGAAGGAGAACAAGGAACUGAAGGACAAGAUUACUUCCUUGGAGGCACAGCUCUUGGAGAAAGAGAGUCUGCUACAUGGAAAAUCAUUGGCCCCUGAAAGACAAGAGUCUUCACAAAUGAAUUCAGAGAUCUUAGAGCGAUUAAAAGCCCUUGAAAAUGAGAUGAUCUACCAUAAAGAGGAAUCUGGAAAAUCUAAGGCAGAGGUGAACAGACUUUUGGAAGUUCUUAGAGAGCUGGAGUCAGAGCGCACUGAAAAGGACAAGAUAAUCUCUGAACUUGAGAGACAAGUGAAGGAAUGGAGUAAUGAAACCCUGUCAAGUGUUAAACCCCCCCAGAUGGGAGAAACAAAAACCCCUACGCCAGAGGCUCAUGUUACCCAAGCUUCAGCGCAAGAGACGGCUGAGAAAAUCAAAGAGCUGGAGAAAGCUCUGCGAGAAAGCAUGACCACCUCUACUCAUAGAGAGGCUUUGUGGGUUCAGGAGGAGCAGGCACAUGCUCUAGCACAGAGACAGCUGGAAGACCUGAUGGCUGCAUUGGAGAAGACAAGACAAGAGCUGGAUGUGACAAAACAGCAGCUGUCCUCCACCCAAAAUUCUCUUGCUGAGAGAGAAACUCACCUGAGCAGCAUGAGGCAGGAACGUCGAAAACAACUGGAGGAAAUACUUGAAAUGAAGCAACAAGCCCUGUUGGCAGCCAUCAGCGAAAAGGAUGCUAACAUAGCUCUGCUAGAACUUUCUGCUCCUAAAAAGAAGACAAGCCAAGAGGAGGUGAUGUCCUUGAAAAGAGAAAAGGACAGGCUCAUGUACCAGCUCAAGCAGCAGACCCAAAGUAGGAUGAAGCUCAUUGCUGAGAAUUAUGAAGACGGUCACUUUUAUCCCCAUCAUCCUCAUCAUACACACCACGGUCAAGCUGAACACACUCACUAUCAUAGAUCAUCAAGAGGGCUGUCCACUCACAGCAAUCCUGAACCUGACCAACCUGAGCAACCUGAGCAGGAUGACGAAGAGGGCAUUUGGGCAUGAUUAUUGGUACGGCCUGGAAUGCUGCUCCUGUUCAGUUCAAAAGGGAAGUCUAACACUGAAGCUCUAUCUAUCACUGCACUAUCUCAUCCUUAUCUCUGCGAGGAGGGUCUCGUCUUUAACCUGGUGGAUGGGGAGGGGAUGGGGAGAAAGAAAAUACAGAGGAGAGGAGUGAAUGAUCAGAAGGAAGUGGGCAGAAAUCGCUAACAGGUGCUGCUCUUCUCAUCAGCUGCUCCUCUUCUGCUUCCUCACUGAAGCUCCUCAUCACUACUUGUACCAUAAUUGGGCUCUUUCACCGCCAUCAUUUACUCCAUCCAUACAACAUAUACAUCAAUACAUUCCUCCAUAACAUUUCCAGUGCAGUUAUUGCUUCAUUAUUAUUGGUGUUAUGAGUAUUACUAUGAAUAGUAACGUAAAUGUGAUGAUAGUUAUUAGCAUAUGAAAUGUUUUUGUUGUCCUUUUAUCCUGCUUUAUAAAAUUUAAAUGAAAUAAUGUUAAGCAUAUUAUUUUUUUUUGUUAUUGAAUGUUAUUAAAUGGCUAAUACAGUAUUCUGUUUCUCUACAAUAUCCCAUAGAAGCACUUGUUAAUGAUUGCAUGCUAAUCCAAGAUUCGCAUCACUGUUGUCUUUGAAGUCCGACAGAGUGGUGAUUCAUCUAGUGAUUCAUAGUGACAUAACAAACAGCAGCAACGUCUUAUAAGUCAGAUGUUUCUUUUCUUUUCCCUGCUGUACCCAGAUCAAACCUAGAGGAAAAUAUCUUACUUUUCUUCAACAGGCUGA